AUGGCUCGAAAGUUGCUCACCGACUUUGUCGACAACUACGACCAUGGCUUCUACACCCAAGUAGCCGAGAUUGCUGAAGAGCGUUGCCGCAAAGUUCUCACCGAAGGUGGUAUCCCCGCCAUCAUCACUUCUCGCGCCAAGCGUCCUGACCGGCUCCUCGAAAAGCUCAAGGGCCGCGACAAAGAGAAGAACUACCAGACGCAAGAAGACAUCAAAAAAGAUCUCGUUGAUCUCGCUGGUGUCCGUAUCGCCCUGUACUUUCCCAGCCAGCGGCGGGAGGUCGAGCUAUUGAUGCUCAAGGUGUUCGCGAAUGUCGAUGUCAAGAGAUUGGCAGGGCAUACGUGUGACUCGACUUUGACGGAGGAGGAUGGCAAGUACCGGAAUGAGUUUGCGGGAUACAGAGCGACGCAUCUCCGCCUCGAACUUGGGACUGACCGAUUGCCCGAGGACCAGUUGAAGUACGCCGGGUCCAAGAUCGAGAUCCAAGUUGCCUCGCUGCUCAUGCAUGCUUGGUCCGAAGUGGAGCACGACCUCGCAUACAAGACCCUCAACGGCGCGCUCUCUGUUGAAGAGGUCCGUAUGCUGGACGGUAUCAACGGACUGAUGAGAACUGGCGAGGUCAUGCUUGGCCAGCUCAAGGCGUCCAUGGAGACACGCAUUGCGAACCAGAUAAGGCCGUUUGGAACCCAUUUCGAGGUCGGCACUUUCUUGCAGCAGUAUGCUCCCCACGACCGUGCCAACGAAGAUUACCGCGUGGGGUCGCUGUCAUGGUUGCUCUACGUGCUCCAGCAGCUCAAGAUCGACAAUCCUCGUGCUCUUGGGGCGGUUCUUGACAGCUGGAAGAGUGAUCCGACGAACCUGACCAAGUACCCUCUUGUGCAUUCUGUUGUCGGUUACCUUUUCGAGACCAAUGAACAAGUCGAGGAUCCUUUCUCGUCGCCCUACUCUCUCCAAGCCCUGGAUGAAGGGUUCAAGGGCACAGAGACGAAGAAGCUGUCGGUAUUGUGUCGCAUUCUGGCGUAUGCCUGUGAGCCCGACACACUUGGCAACGUGUCACUCCAAGGACGCGAUGAUCAGCUUCGGAAGGCGGGUGUUCUGACUGCUGGGGGAGAGCCAAAUGUUUCUGAGAACGACGUGACACAGGUCAAGAAAGCAGUGCUGGAUCUGUGGAGUUGGUUUGCGACGAAUGAGUCCAAGGAAGCCCGGCUGGCAUUGGGCAUUGGCCGUUCGAGGGGAGGCAAGCGUGCUUGGAGAAAGUGA